UGCCCCCACCUUCCCUUUUUGUUGUUGUUUGUCGGGAGGAGGGGGGGGAGAGAAUUAUCACCAUGGCCACUUUUGGGCUGCCGGGUUCCGGGAGGAGGAGACCUCUGGCGAAGGGUGGAGAGAGUUACCUCGGGUUACCGUGUAACUGAGUCGAGCCGCUACUGUUCCGGGCGGCAGCUACCAGGCUUUGGCGGCAGAAGCGAGGCUCGAGGCCGGGGAAAGGAUUGGAGCCUCGGCAAAGAGCAGGUUCUCUUUUCUUCCUUUUCACUGAAAUGUACCAUGGAACAUGCUGGAGAACAUGAAAUAUGCCAUGCAUCAGAGCAGAUGUAUUGCGUGGAGCGACGAGUGUAUAACCGAGGAAACUUACAAGAGCAACUUCACAAGAAGGAAACUACACCCCUGCCCCUCAGUCAGAAGAUAGCACGUUCUUGUCGUUGUUCUUCCAAGACAGUCAAAUCUGUUCUCUGUAGGUUUUUCCCAAUUUUUACAUGGCUCCCCCGAUAUCCAGUGAAAGAUUAUUUGCUGGGAGACAUUAUCUCAGGUAUAAGCACUGGGGUCAUGCAGCUUCCUCAAGGGUUAGCUUAUGCAUUGCUGGCAGCGGUGCCUCCAGUAUUUGGCCUCUAUUCUUCAUUUUAUCCAGUCUUUCUAUACACUUUUUUUGGAACCUCCAGACACAUAUCAAUAGGAACAUUUGCUGUAAUUAGCCUGAUGAUUGGAGGAGUUGUUGUUAGAGAAGCACCUGAUGAAAUGUUUGACAGUGUGGGCACCAACUCUACCAACAGCACAGAUCUUGAUAGCUUUACAGCCAAAGAUGACAUGAGGGUGAAAGUAGCUGUUGCCGUGACCUUGCUCACAGGGAUCAUACAGCUCUGUUUAGGACUCCUGCGAUUUGGAUUUGUAGCCAUUUAUCUGACGGAGCCCCUGGUACGGGGAUUCACCACUGCUGCAGCCGUUCAUGUCUUCACCUCUCAGUUAAAGUAUCUGCUUGGUGUGAAAACUAAAAGGUUCAGUGGACCCCUCUCCUCCCUUUAUAGUUUAAAUGCUGUGUUCUCAGACAUUACAAAAACCAACAUAGCAGCUUUAGUUGUGGGACUGGUUUGCAUCAUCUUGUUGCUGAUUGGUAAGGAAAUCAAUGACCGCUUCAAGAAGAAACUGCCUGUUCCUAUCCCUAUGGAGAUAAUUGUGGUAGUAAUUGGUACCGGAGUUUCAGCUGGAAUGAGUCUGUCUCAGACUUAUGGAGUUGACGUUGUUGGUAAUAUCCCUAAAGGGUUACGUCCUCCACAAGUACCUGAUAUCAGCCUCAUCCCAAAAGUAUAUGUGGAUGCAAUAGCUAUAGCUCUUGUUGGAUUUUCCAUGACAGUCUCCAUGGCCAAAAUCUUUGCUCUUAAGCAUGGCUAUACAAUUGAUGGAAAUCAGGAACUCAUUGCCUUAGGCAUAUGUAAUUCUACAGGAUCCUUUUUCCAGACCUUUGCAGUUACUUGUUCAAUGUCUCGGAGUCUUGUCCAAGAGGGCACUGGUGGAAAGACUCAGAUUGCUGGCACUCUGUCUUCAAUUAUGGUUUUCUUGGUCAUUGUUGCAAUUGGUUACCUCUUUGAACCACUGCCACAGGCUGUGCUUGCGGCAAUUGUAAUGGUCAACCUGAAAGGCAUGUUCAAGCAGUUUGGAGAUAUUGCUUACUUCUGGAGGACCAGCAGGAUAGAACUAGCUAUCUGGAUUGUGGCAUUCCUUUCCUCAUUUCUUCUGGGUCUAGACUAUGGCUUGAUUACUUCCAUAGCUUUUGCAAUGAUUACCAUUGUGUACCGAACACAAAGUCCACAGUACAGAAUCCUCGGCCAGAUUCCUGGUACAGACAUUUACUGUGAUGUGGAAGAGUAUGAAGAGGUCAAAGAAGGUCCUGGAAUAAAAAUAUUUCAGGCAAAUACAUCACUCUAUUUUGCUAACAGUGAAUUAUAUAUUAAUGCACUGAAGAAAAAGACUGGUAUAGAUCCUUGCACAGUAUUGACGGCAAGGAAGAAAGCACAGAAAAAGCAUGCCAAGGAAUUGAAGCACUUGCAUGAGCACAAAAAGAAAGCAGUCUUAAAAAUGACUAAUGAGAUGGAAAAUACUGUGAAACAUGAAGUGAUGAAUGAUGAAUUGUCCCUCAAUGGGAAAUUCUCAGCAGCAGAGGCAGCUAUGCAGGACUCUUCUCCUGAUGAACUUGAACAUUUUAUGGAGCCAGUGACUACUAUUCACUCAAUUGUUCUGGAUUUCUCACCUGUGAACUUCGUGGAUUCCGUCGGUGCAAAGGCCCUCAAAACAAUCAUAAAAGAGUAUGAAGAAAUUGGUAUUUCAGUGUAUAUAACUGGCUGCAAUGAAUCUGUUAUGGACAACCUUACUAAGCUACACUUCUUUGACCAAGCAUCCUUAAAUGACUUGUUCUUCCCCAGUGUUCAUGAUGCUGUACUCACCAGCCAAUUGAAAGGCCCUCGUGCCUUACACACAUCUUUAGAUGCCGUCUAAAUAAACUCUAUGGGGAUGUAUCCAUUGACUUCCAAGGGCUCCUCCUGUUUAGUUUCAUUUGCACAGAUGACACAGAGCUUAAGACUUGCCAUUCUUACGGGUAUGUGACAACAAUUGUGAGACAGCUUGCCUUCUGCCGAACAAUAUCUGAGGAAUUUGAGGCCUUAAUGUUUUUGGAGCGUGUGCUUUUUAAAGGAAUUUGGAUGUAGCCUGGAUUGGUGUGCUAGUGUUUGUAUAAAACAGAAACAGUAUGUAUUUUCUUGCAAGCACCGAAGAACAUUUUGAACUUUACUUUUUUGUUGUUUAGAAACGUGCCAGCAGAUGAUAGUGCACUCUCUUAAAUAUAUAUAUAUAUAGCAUUGUACAUUACUGGAAAGAAUAGAGGACAUUUUGAGCCAGGUAUUACCAGAUUGAUCCUGACCCUCUCUUGAUUAUACUUCAUAUGCUUCUUUGGGAAUGGCAGAUAGUCUGACAACAACUGCUGUGGGAAUGCACUAUACCAGUAUCUUAAAGCCACCUUCUGUGGCCUGGUGCCCUUCAGCUGUGUAGAAAACAGCCUCCCAGAAUCCCUUGGCAGACUGGUUGGGGGAUGUGAGGAGCUGAAGUCCAGCAUACUUGGAGAGCACCUAACCAAUGGUCCUCAAAGAAUUUCAUACAUUGUGAGAUUUUAUAUAGUGGCUCCUGAAAUCAGAAAGAACACCUUUUUGUUGCUCAAUUAAGUUAAAGAUCUGCUGUGCAGACAUCCGCGGUUUCUAUCGCAUGACUACUUAGAAAAGCAUGAAAGCACCAUUUUGUAGGUUUUCUAUAUGACCAUAAUUAUGAGCUCUUUUGUCUAAGAACUAAUAUUUACUAAACAACUGUAAUAGAUAAUUUUCCCAUAAAAAAAGUUGCUACGUGUAUCGUAAGAGCAAUGUUGCACUUACCAAGUGGACUUCUAGUCAGCUGGAAGUGGGCAAAAGGAACCAAUAGAGUAGCCAGGCUAGUUGAAUCGGGACCUGUGCACAUUCUAAACUCCAACUGGCUGUAACUCUGUGAACAUGCAGAGAAAGAUCACUGGUUUUGUUUGUUGUCUUUCCUGCAUUUUGAAAAAUUAAUUUUACAGAGUCAUUUAAUCUUGUUCUCAGAAAUCAACAAAUAUAUCACUGAAAUAGCAUAAAGCUACCUUCUGUGCAUACUGAUUACCAAAUAUUAUGUGGAAAUGGCAAAGAAGCAAUUACUUGUACUUUACCCCUAAGGCAACUAGCUUCAAAGCAAAUUUCAUUCCAUUAACUAGAACAGAGUUGCACAGCCAGUGCAAUCCAAUGCCUUCAGAAUUGGCAGCACAUACCAGCUUGUUCAGGAGUGCUUACUCUUAGGUAUGUUUUUGCAAGACUGCAGCCUUAUGAGCUAUGAACAUAAAUGAACUUGUUAAAAUGAAGUAUCUGUAUUUAGUGGCAUAGCUACGGUAGGCAUGUGGUCGUAGUUUUCUAGCUGAAAUCAGUAGGAUAUCAGUACCUAGUAUUUUUUU